AUGUUGAACGAAGCUCAAGAGACGACCGUGGCCUCAGAUUGGGACGUAGGGGCUAUAGUCUUUGGGUUUAACCCGGACGAUGCAUGGUAUUGGGGCGACUACGGAUAUCCAACUAGGUCCAAGCCUGCCGUUCAAGAACUGGGACCAGUUUACACCGAAGACAGCGCCGGUAAUAGUCAUAUUCCAUCGAUAUAUGAGGGUGCAAGACGUUCAUCGGCAGGCGGGGUGUCUCAGACAAUGGAGCAAGGGUUCUUCAACAUGGCAAAAUCCACCGCUGGCCCGUCAGAACACAUUCUCCAUCAGCCGUCCAAUAGAAAGAUGGCACUCGCUCACUACACAGUCGGGAUUAUUUGCGCCUUACAACAUGAGCUGAUGGCAGUCCGUGUCCUUUUCGACGAGGUCUUCGAGCCGGUGACGAUGCCAACCGGAGACCACAACCAUUACGCCCUGGGCCGUAUAGCAGAGCACCACGUGGUCGGCGUCUGCCUACAGCACGGCUCAGAUAGCACCUACUCCGCGCAGAAUAGUGUCCAUUACAUGAAGCGCAACUUCCCCGGGAUACGCUUUUGUCUACUGGUUGGCAUGGGUGCAGGAACGCCAUUCGACGCGCACGACAUCCGACUAGGCGAUGUUAUCGUCAGCGACCCCCGCAGCCCGUACUCAGGAGUCAUACCGUACGACAUCGCCCAGACCCGCGCAAGCGGACCUUUUAUACUCAACGGAUCCCUCAGUCCACCGCCCACCGACGUCACACAAGCAAUCAGCGCCCUCGAAUCCAACCCGGACAGUGCCACCGCCUCCCUAGAUCGCUAUAUCCGCCAGAUCGAGCUCCUCAAAUUCCAAUACCAACACCCGGACCCCGAACCCGACCGCCUCUUCCUCAGCUGUUACCCCCACGCCCUCCCCAGCGACACCGACUGCCACCGCUGCUGGUCGAUGUUCGAGCUCCGCCGCCCGCCCCGGCCCACCCUCCAGCCCCGCAUCCACUACGGCCUCAUCGCCUCCAGCACUGCAAUUCCGCGCGCGGGCUACCACCGCGACCUCCUCAUCAAGGCGCACACCAUCUUGUGUUUCGAGUCGGAGGCCGCCGACAUCGUCGAUGUUUUUCCAUGUGUCCUGAUCCGCGGAAUCUGCGACUACGGCGACUCGCACCGGAAUGACCGGUGGCAACACUAUGCGGCUGCGACUGCGGCGGCAUAUGCGAAGGUGCUGUUGGCUAGUAUGAGGGGUGUCAAUAUACAUGGGUAUGGGCAUGCGCAUGUGCAUGGGAAUGAGAUUGGUAGGGGGGACCCGGUGGAACGGAAGAGGCGGCGGGAGUCGCCUGAUUCCGGGGCGGGGGUGGGCUCGUCGAAACGUCCUGGUAUGUUUUUUCGGGUUUGA